GGCUAAAGAGUGUUAUAUAAGUAAAAGAUAAAAAAAUCUCAUUUUUUUUCUUCUUAUUAUAUCAAAGUUCGCAUUUUUUUAUUUUUUGUUCUCUUUGAUUUUGAUCUCGGAGCGAUGUCUAUCCGAAUGUCAAAUGCGUUGUCGGGGAUGGGAGUGAGCGAUGAGAGCAAGAGCACAUUUAUGGAAUUGCAGAGGAAGAAGGUGCAUCGCUAUGUGAUUUAUAAGAUCGAUGAGAAGAAAAAAGAGGUUGUGGUUGAGAAAACAGGAGGAGCGGGGGAAAGUUAUGAUGAAUUCACUGCCUCAUUGCCUGAAAAUGACUGCCGAUAUGCUGUUUAUGACUUCGAUUUCGUCACCGAGGAUAACUGCCAGAAGAGCAAGAUCUUUUUCAUAGCAUGGUCUCCUUCGACCUCCCGUAUUCGUGCCAAGAUGUUGUACGCUACAUCGAAAGACAGAUUUCGGCAUGAACUCGAAGGUGUACAUUAUGAGAUCCAAGCAACUGAUUCGAUGGAGAUGGACUUGCAAGUGCUCAGAGAUCGUGCAAAUUAGUCAUUUUGUUUGUCUUGAUCAGUUACAUGGUUUGAAGAACAUGUGUUUGUAAGCUCUAAAAAAAAUAAGACAUAUUGUUUGGAUACUUCUCUUCUUAGUUAAUCUCUAAGAUUUCCCUUGUCUUUGUGUAUCCUCUUCUCUUACAUGAUGCUUAUUAUCAUUUAAAUUUUCCGUAUUCUAUGGAACUCUGGAACCAGGUUCUAGUAAUUGUUAUGAUAUUUAUUACAAUGAA